CUUCAUCCUCUUUUUGGCUGAACAAUGGCGACUCGUUGGACAAGUUCACUCGCGUUUGGUUGUAUGCGUCGAUAGCCCCUGCUUUCUCCAUUCCGCUGCUCUCGAUGAAACAUGGCGUAUCUGUUCUGGCAGAUCGUGUCGUGCUCUAAGACUGUCAAGACUCCUCGCCGCCCUUACGAGAAGGAGCGUCUCGACCGCGAGCUCAAGCUCGUCGGUGAGUUCGGUCUCCGCAACAAGAGCGAAGUCUGGCGUGUCCAGCUCACCCUUGCCAAGAUCCGCAAGGCUGCCCGUGAGCUCCUCACCCUCGACGACAAGGAUUCCCGCCGUCUCUUUGAGGGCAAUGCUCUCCUUCGCCGCCUCGUCCGCAUUGGUGUCCUCGACGAGUCCCGCAUGCGCCUCGAUUUCGUUCUUGGCCUGAAGGUCGAGGAUUUCCUCGAGCGUCGCCUCCAGACCCAGGUUUUCAAGCUCGGUCUUGCCAAGUCGAUCCACCACGCCCGCGUCCUCAUCCGCCAGCGCCACAUCCGCGUCGGCAAGCAGAUCGUCAACGUCCCCUCGUUCGUCGUCCGCCUUGACUCGCAAAAGCACAUUGACUUUGCCCUCAACUCGCCCUUCGGCGGUGGCCGCGCUGGUCGCAACAAGCGCAAGGCCUCCAAGAAGGCUGACGCCCCCGCUGAGGAGGCUGAUGAGGAAUAAAUCCAGUUUUAACGGUAGCUCUGCUUAUCGAAAAGCUCGUCCAUUUCGUGCCUUUGUCCUCCGUAAAACAUUGUUCCCGCUUAAAAUACAAAAUCCCAAAGUUUGCUUUU